AUGUAUAGAUAUAAACUGCAGAAAAAAAAAACAAAUUCUACUAAUAUUUAUAUAAUAGAAAAAGAUCACGAUUCAAAUUUAAACCCAUUAGCUAUACCAUUUGUUAUACGAACAAAACAACAAGAAACUAUUCAACAUUCUACAAAUAAUGAUAAAACACCGGCUCAAUUAGUAUUAUUUGAACCACGUAAAAUACCAUUUCGUGGACGUUCAUGUCAAACAACUUAUCAACGUAUGCAUCAUCGACCACGUGAAAAUUGGGAUGAAUAUGAACCAUCGAAAUAUAAUUAA